CUUGCCCACUUGCCUACUUGCCCACUCGCCCACUUGCCCAUCCGCCAUGUCCAGCGACUCUGAAGUCCAGGUCGAGUUCCCGCCCAUCACGGUGCAGCAUGUCCGCAACUGCGAGUUUGGCUCGUGGUAUCCCAACUUCCGCAAAGUCUCGAUCAAGAGCCACGUCAUCUCCCUGACUCCAGCCUUUGUGGACUAUCUCCUCCAAGACGGCGUCUUCCUGCCGCUGGACAGUGCCGGCCAAGUUCAGCCAUCCUACCAUGCAACCAUAUCCGAUGACUGGGACGGGGACGAGAGUGCUUUCCAAGAGCCCUCGGGCGAUGGCGAUGAUGGCGAUGAUGGCGAUGACGAUGAUGGCGAUGAUGAUGGCGACCAGGUCGAGGUUCCACAGUUCCCUGAGCUCGACCAGACCAUCAUGGAUGCAAUCGACGAUUUGGGCGGAGCCUGCUUCCCCAAGCUGAACUGGAGCUGCCCAAAGGAUGCCUCAUGGAUGGCGCUGUCACAGAGCCUCAAGUGCACGACGCCGUCCGACAUAUAUCUGCUUCUCAAGUCAUCGGACUAUAUCUCGCACGAUCUGCUGCAAGCCUUUGAGUACUGCGUCGAUCACACUGGCAGCAAGCCCAGCGACGGUGAAGGCGAAGGCACCAAGAAGGAGCAGCCGAAACGACAACCGCUCGAGGGCGCUCACCUGGUGCUGCGAAAAUGGUACAGCCUGGACUUGUCGAUGGAGUACCGCUGCUUCGUGCGGAAUCGACAGCUGAUUGCGAUCAGCCAGCGAGACCAUGUGAACUACUACGACUUCCUGGCGGAGCAGGAGCAAGAGACUGUCUCGCUCUUGAACGACUUUUUCAACACCCACAUCAAGGAUCAGUUCCCGGAUCCAGACUACGUCUUUGACAUAUACAUCAACAAGACAAACAAAAAGGUCUUCCUGAUCGACUUCAACCCGUUCAGUCCCACGACCGACGGUCUGCUCUUUGACUGGGCCGAGCUUCUGACUCUGGAUACACUUCAGUUCCGGAUCAUCAAGUCCAGGGGUCAGGCGUCCCAGUCGCUCCAGCCCGCCCAUGCCACAAAUCGACUUCCCAAAGAUGUGAUCGAUCUGUCGGACGGAACCAGCAUCGCCGAGUUUGCAGCCCGGUUCAAGGAGGAGGUUGAGAGGGCGGCGUGAGGGCCCAGAGCGGGAUCGGGCGCUGGUUGAUGCUAUGCUGUCCAAGAGCGGGUGCCGUCAUUGCAGCGCUGCCAAUGGAUUGUCCACCGAAUCUCUUCAGUUCCCGGUGAGGAAGCCCGUCUUGGGCAUCGGGCAUGGGAGGGAGGUACACUUUAUUCAGAAAAAAACGGGACAAUAUAGCCGUUUCCAUGAACAUGUAGUAUGUGCUGUGCUUGCGUCAAGCAAAGCCACAAGAAAUAAAACAGAUCACUUUGGCAGCCUCCGAGUGAAGACC